UCGAGGGUAGAGCGUGUGUUUUCUCCAGCUCCAGUGUGGGGUUUGCUGCUGAGAGUUUUAUACCCCUGGAUGUUUCUACUGACAUGGAGAAGAUUGAGGACCAGUUUGCUAGCCUGCAUAUUGUUAGAAGGUCCUCGGAACCAAAAGAGCCCACUUACCUGCUUGGCAUAGACACAUCAAAGACUGUACAAGCAGAAAAAGGAGGCUUGGUGGCUGUUCUGUGUUCAAAUGGGUCGAUAAGAAUAUAUGAUAAGGAGACACUACAUCUGCUACGAGAAUUUAGUGGCUCUCCUGGGAUUCUUAGUGGAGUCAGCUUUGCAAAUUCCUGUGACAAUGUCUACUCUGCAAGCACAGAUGGCACUGUGAAGUGUUGGGAUGCUCGGGUAGCUAGCGAAAAGCCUGUGCAGUUAUUCAAGGGUUACCCUUCGUGUAGUUUUAUCAGUUUUGAUGUCAACUGCAAAGAUCAUGUCAUUUGUGCUGGUGCAGAGAAAGUUGAUGAGGACGCAUUGUUGGUAUUUUGGGAUGCAAGGUUCACAUCUCAGGAUCUGUCGACGAGAGACCCACUUGGUGCCUACUCAGAGACGCACAGUGAUGAUAUCACUCAAGUGCGCUUCCAUCCCAGCAAUCCCAACUUGGUUGUCUCAGGGUCAACUGAUGGUCUGGUAAAUGUGUUUGAUCUCAGUGCUGAUAAGGAAGAGGACGCAUUGGUUGCCACCUGUAACUCCGUUUCAUCAGUGAGCUGUAUCGGUUGGUGUGGAAAAGAUUAUAAGCAAAUUUACUGCAUGACACACGAUGAAGGGUUUUGUUGGUGGGAUCUCAAUCAUCUGGAUACAGAUGAACCAAUUACGUGUUUGAACAUCCAGGAUGUAAGAGAAAUAACUGAUGUGAAAGAUGGGCAUUUGGACUAUCUGAUUGGUGGCCUGUAUCAUGAGAAGAUGGAAAGACUGUUUGUUAUUGGAGGAACCAACACAGGAAAGAUUCACUUACUGAGCUGCACCACGGCAGGACUGACCCAUGUGACCAGCCUUCAUGGGGGCCAUGCAGCCACCGUCCGUUCUUUCUCUUGGAACGUGUCUGAGGAUUCUUUGCUGACCGGAGGAGAAGAUGCACAGCUAUUGCUGUGGAAACCUGGAGCUAUGGAGAAGACUUUCACAAAGAAAGACAGCUUGAAAAUUGCAUCCUCUGUGCAGCAGCGAGUUCGAGUCCACAGCAGCGAUUCUUACAAGAAAAGGAAACAGCAGUGACGUCAUACUGGGGACUGGAAAAGCUCUUCCGGUUUUAAAUCAUCUUUUGCUACCUAGAGCACAUCUUUUUAAAGCUUUAUCUGUAAAAGCAGGCAGUUAGCACACAGCACCCACCCUACCCCAGACAAAUAUUGAGAAUGGUUUAAUUCAGUUUCAGACAUAUUCUACAAUAUUUUUAAAGCCUCCAGUUGACUUGACAGGGGAAUUACAAGCCACAUUUUGAAACCCAUCAGUGGAGUUAGUAAAUGUUAGGUUUGAAGUAGGCCUGAAGAGGAAUCUUCAGUAGACCGCUGGAAAGGCGAGGGAGCGGGUGGCUGGGUUGUGGGCUUUAAACUCUGCUCCUUAUGUUUGAAGUGAUACACUUGCUUAUACAGCAUCAGACUGUUUAGUCGUUUGAAGAGCGUUUGCCUCCUCACUACGCUCACCACACACCUCGGGUCAUGGAAAUCGAAGCGUUCUAGUGAGUCUGAGCAGAAGUUUACUUUUUUAGGAAUAAAGUAUAAUAUUUUCCUAAAAUGAGAAGAAUAUAUUUGAUAAUUACUUGUAUCUGUACUUUAUUUUUUUAAUUAAUCACGAGUUAUUUAUACUAUAUUUACAUUUGGUUAGCCAGCACCCAGGUACUUUGCUGAUGAAAAAAGAAAUUACCUUACUAGAUUCAUUUCAAGACUUAACAUAAGACAGGCAAAAGAAGAUACAACAACACGGCUAUUUUUUUUCCAAAAUAGCCUUUCAAAAAUAUUAUAUGAUUAAAUAUUCUUUCUUAACACUUGAAGCCUUG